AUGAUUCAACACUUAUUACUACUCUUUUUACUCAUCGCUUUUCAAUGUGUGGCCUGCAAAAAUUGCACGAAACAAGUUCUCAGAGGUGGAGAAGACAUUGAUUGGAAAAAUGUACCGAAUGGAUGGUAUUUGACUAUGAACACAUUUAGCCAAAUUACAGAUGACCUUCUUUGCGUAACCAUCCGAAAUGUUUCAUCACCUGACUAUCAAAACAUGGACGCAACCUUCGUCCUUGAAAAUUUUUACUCGAAUCGCCUGCCAUUCCAGUUUAAACUACAUGUUCAGGGGAAAGGGGAUGGAAAGUAUCUCUAUGUUGCAGACAGCGAUCUUGAUGUCUAUUUCGCCACAAGUAUCAAAGGCAAUGGUAAAUUCAACAUGGAGGCGGCCCAGGAAACUUCAGAAAUGCUGCAGACGCCAAGACUAACAAUUACAGAUUACGAAACUUAUCUUAUCAUGGUUGUGUGCCUUGAAAAUGAAAACUUGUUGGUUUGGGCUUUCACGAGAACAACACGACCAUCACAAAAUGUUAGAAAUGAAAUCGCUAAUCAGUUAAAGAAAAAAGGAAUCAACAGUGUUCAUCUCGAUGAUUCGUCAUGUGAUGAAGUAUUAAUAAAAUAAGUUAUACUGGUGAGGAACGAUAAUCGAAAAUGGAGUGACGACGACGAAUUUUUGAAUUUCAUUGGCAAAAUUUUAAAUGCAAUAUGAAUGCAGAACA